UCAGUCUCUGGAUGAGAACUACCCUGUGCAGGUCACUGAUCCUUACGGUGCAGUGACUCUCCAGCUCACCUCCAUGGCUCCAGGGCCCUACAGCUCUCAGCGAAUACAGCAGCCAGUGGAGGAUGUGGACUGCAGCUGCCCCUCCUCUACCUCUCCAGACUGCCCCAAGGCUCUGCUCGCCCCAUGUGACCGCUGCUCUCCUCCGGCUCCAAAGAUCUGUGACCUCAUGAACGACAAAGAUCUUCUGGACCUCCUGAGGCUCAAGCUGGACCCAAGCUAUUGCACCGUCAAGAACUGGAAGAACUUCGGGAGCCGCUGGGGCAUGUCCUACGACGAGCUGACACUUCUGGAGCAGCGCAGCCAGGGGGCGCUCUCCCACAGCCCCACGCUCGAGGUGCUGCUGCGCUUCAGCCACAAGGGGGUGUCGGAGCUGGCGGAGCUGUGCAAGUUUUACCAACGUGUGGAUGUGCUCCACCUCCUGCAGCGAUGGCAGGAGAGCGAGUGGCCGCAGAGAUGGAGAGACAGGCACAAGAUGAUCCUGAAAUAGAAACACAACUAUAUGGGAUUCCUCAGGAAUCUUCAGGAAUAUUUCUGGAUUAUUCUGGAUCCAAACUGAGGGAUUCUCUUGAUAAAACUGACAAUAGUUUUGCAAAUCGAUGACGAUGUCAAACUAAAGCAGCUCAAACAUAAACCAGGCCUAAACCUGGUCUAAACCUGGUCUAAACCUGGUCUAAACCAGGUCUAAACCAGGUCUAAACCAGGUUUAAACCAGGACUAAAACAGAUCUGAACUUGGUCUAAACCAGGACUAAACCAGGACUGAAGCAGGACUAAACCAGGACUAUAGACUAGAACUGAACCAGGACUAAACCAGGAUUGAAGCAGGACCAAACCAGGACUAAACCAGGUCAAGUUUAACCAAAGCCUCUGAGUGAUCCGUGUCUUUCUCAUAAUUUAUAUAGUGAACCUGUCAGUUAAAGAUGAUCACCCACUGUGGUGGUGUUGUUGAUGCUGCUGGUUCUGCUUUGGCCGAGCUGGAAGUCUUUGUGUUUUAUAUUUAUACUUUUUACACCUUUGAUCUGUUCAGUUGUUUUUGGUUUGAAUCAUGUGACUUAGUGAAAAGAUGGAGUAAAAAUGAACGUGAACCAGUUUAUGUUUGUGGCCACAGCUCUCUGUCAAAGCUUGAGCUGGUCAGAGUUUGGUCAGGACUUGAAUCUCAGACUGCAGGGAAUACCAGGAGUCACAGGGGGGCAGCAGCGGCUCUUGUGCAGAUGGUUGUUGUGUCUUUUGGCAAGACUCUUCACCUUAAUUGUCUAUGGUAUGAAUAUGGUGUGUGUGUUGAUGGUGCAGAUUGGCUCAUUUUGGUCUUAAAAUGUUACUAUGAACCCGCUCUACAUGAUCCUGGGGCUUUUAUUUUGCUAUUUUGUCCAUAAAUCAAGAUAUUAACAUUAAUAACAGACCAAUCAGACGCCUUCUUUCCCCACUAGCAUUAGCAAGAGAUUUGAUUGAGUGUUGCUAAGCGCCCGCUCCCUGCUAAACCAGGAGUGCGGGCAGGAAGGGGCGUUAUCUUCAACAGCCUUGCUCCUGAUGGGCUCUUUGGUUGCUAUGAUACUCGCGGUCAGAAUUCCAAAGAUGGAACUUGCCUCCAAAUUGGUCCCUAUAACGGGUAACCUCGAUGAGCUUCAUUUGAAGCCGAACACUGUGGGUGACGUCGUACUUACUUAGUCCACUUCGUUAUACAGUCUGUGUGUGGAGUGAAUUAAUAAUGCAGGAUAUUACACAACGAUUUUGAGUGUCUGGAAACGUGCUGUGUAAAACUAACAGUGCAUUAUUAUUGUUUUAAAGGUUAAUUUUAAAUAUGUGGAUCAAACAAACUGCAGCCGGAUUCCCUGUUCUUACACUGACACAUGGCUCUGAGAGAGAGAUCCUGAUGUUUUGGACCAAAGUCCUCAGACAGUGAAUCUAAAAGUGCAUUAUAAUGUCAUGAUGUAAUCGUCUCCAGCACUGGCUCAAAACACUGUUAAA